AUGUUUGAGAAGCAGGGUUACGACAGCCCUCCUGUCUACAGUCCUCCAUACAGCCCGGCCUUCAAUGGCUACGGCCCCCCACAAAGCUACCACUCCCCCAGGAGUGAGUUUGAUCCCUACCCACCCCCACCGGGCUCCUACUACAUGGAAGAGAAGCCCCAACACUUCUACAAGUGUCUCUCCCCUCCUGGCAUUGUCAAGGCCAUGUUUGGCACCAUCAUAGUGCUCUGUGUGGGAAUCUUUGCCUGUGUGGCCUCUACCCUGGUCUGGGACAUGCAGUACGGGAUGGGGGGGAUGGGCUCCUACAGCGGAGGGAUGGGUUAUGGGGGAAUGGGGGGCAGUUAUGGCUCCAGCUACGGCUCUGGUUAUGGAGGAGGCUAUGGAGGAGGUUAUGGUAACUAUGGUAGCUCCUACCCGACACCUUACUCGGCCAAGACCACCAUGAUAGCCAUGGCGGCCAUCAACUUCUUUGUGGCGCUGGGAUUCUUCGUGGCCAGUUUUUCUAAAUCGACCACGUUCAGAAGCAGGAAGUUCUACCUAGUGGUUCUGGUAGUCAGUGUGAUCAUGUCCGUCAUCCAGGGCAUCAUCAACAUCGUGUACAUCGUGGGAGUAAACCCAAUGGGCCAGAGCUCUCAGAACAUGAUCUACAACCCCAUGCUGAGGAUGUGCCAGAAUCUGUAUGGGACCAGCUAUUCCAAUAUGGGAGGAGUGGGGGGUAUUGGCAUGUAUAACCAGUACCUCUAUCACUACUGCUACGUGGACCCACAAGAGGUAGAACAGUUAUUUAAUGUAUCAUUUGAUGAAUGUUGAGUUAUUGCUGUGAAGCUGUAAAGUUGGUAUAUUAUUACAUGUGUGUUCUUAUGCUUAUUUGAAUCAUGUAUGUGUAUAGCCUGUAGUGUGUUUGUAAGUCUCCAAUCACAAUGUAGUAUUUCAGAUUGUUUGCGUAAGAAUUUACUUACAUAAACUCCUUGAUGUUGAUGUGUCCCCUCCAGGGUGUAGCCAUGGUGUUUGGGUUCCUGGUUACCGCUGCGUUGGCCGUGGCUGCUUUCUUCUCACACAAAACCAGAGGCAAGAUCUGGCGCUACGGCAAGCCCAACAUCUACUGGGAACAGCCACCUGUGACUGGAGGCCUAGUUUCUGAUGGCAGAGAUGUAGAGGACUGG